AAAAGACAUGAAGUGGUGCCAGGCUUCAGAGAUGGAAAUUAGUACUGGAAUGAACUGGCAGUUGAAUACCUACAUCUGCACAUCAACCAUCUGGAAUUCCAUUUCUGGAAGAAAAGUGAUUCCAACCUCAAUGGGCUCGCCUUCCCUAAUGGCAUCUCAAUCCACAAUUUAUACACAUCAACACUUAAAGACCAGCAAGCUUUCCAUGCAAUCCCCAGGACGUGAGAUGCAGCCCAUGCAGAAGUACCAAAGCAAAAGAUUCAGAUUCAGAGGUAAAUGAAAUGGUGAUCUCUCAACAGGCUGAACUGGAUCAUCCACAUCUUCCAAGUACAAUAAACAUUCACUUGGACAUUCAGUAUUCUUCAGUCUUCAAUAUUUUGGAGGCAAUGCAGUCUCUUUCAAUUGAUUGACUGAUAGACUGCAAUAUUGGGGAUUGAACUGAAGCCCUUCACUUUGAGCUCUACCCCAGGCCUUUUUUAUUUUUUUAUUUUGAGGUGGUGUCUCAUUGCCUCACUAAGUUGCCCAGGCUGAGCUGGACUUUGGGAUCUCCUUGCCUCAGCCUCCCAGAGUGCUGGGAUUACAGACAUGCACUACAACUUGUUUUAAUAGUUACCCUUGAAUAUUUUCCCUUGGGGCGUUAUAUAGUUUCCUAUGCAGCGUGUCUUCCAGCAUAAAUUAAAUUAUAUAAAGGUUACUGUAAAUUUCAUUUGAAUAUUUUAAAAAGUUACUCUUGAAAUUUUAUCCUGCAAAAUUAUGGAAUUCUAAAGUUAAUAUAUUAAUGUCCCUUCCAAAUAACACAAGGAACUUGUAAGUACCUUCCUUAUUUGCAUAUUAUCAUUGUUCAUAUUAUCGUACCCUUAUCCCCUUUUUCAACCUUUGCAAAUUAAAAUUAAAAGUAUUAAUAUCUAUAGUA